UGAAACAAUACACACAUAUAUUGGUCUGCAAUUCAGAUGGUAAAAAAUUAUGGGCUUACAAGAAUUCAUCAUGGCGAGAAAGCCAAGUUGCAGACAGUCGGAUUCAACAACUACAACGCCCUCGCCAACAACAACUACAACUGUCCCUUCAACUACAACUACAGAAAGCACAACAACAACGACAACGCCCUCCACAACAACAACUACAACUGUACCAUCAACUACAACUACAGAAAGCACAAAAACAAUAAUAACGCCCUCCCCAACAACAACUACAACUACAGAAAACACAACAACAACUACAACUGUCCCAUCAACUACAACUACAGAAAGCACAACAACAACGACAACGCCCUCCACAACAACAACUACAACUGUCCCAUCAACUACAACUGCAGAAAGCACAACAACAACUACAACGCCCUCGCCAACAACAACUACAACUGUCCCAUCAACUACAACUACAGAAAGCACAACAACAACGACAACGCCCUCCACAACAACACCUACAUCUGUCCUAUCAACUAAAACUACAGAAAGCACAACAACAACGACAACGCCCUCCACAACAACACCUACAACUGUCCCAUCAACUACAACUACAGAAAGCACAACAACAACGACUACGCCCUCCACAACCACAACUACAACUGUCCCAUCAACUACAACUACAGAAAGCACAACAACAACGACUACGCCCUCCACAACAACAACUACAACUGUCCCAUCAACUACAACUACAGAAAGCACAACAACAACGACAACGCCCCCCACAACAACAACUACAACUGUCCAAUCAACUACAACCACACCAGAACCAACUACGACAACUGAGCACGACUUAACUCCGAACGAAAUUUGCGAAACGAAUGGCAAAGAGACUUUUAUAGCAGAUCCUAAUGAUCUAACUUGUCAAGAGUACAUCAUUUGUACAGAAUCGGGAUCUACCUGGAUUGGUACGGUAAUGAAAUGUCCAACUAAUCAAUGGUUUAAUCCAACGCUGGGAUUUUGUUCCGCAACUUAUGAGUGUCCCACAGCGACAACAACUACACCUAACUCCACUACAACUACUACACAAACAAUAACAACGCCCACGACAACAACAACGCCAACGACAACAACUACGCCAACGACAACAACUACGCCAACUACAUCAACAACAACGACAACUACAACAACGACAACUUCAACAACUACAACUACACAAGAAGCGACUACGACUACUGAGAGCACUUUAACUCCGCAGGAAAUAUGUGAAAAUAACGGCAAACAGGCGUCCAUAGCAUACCCUAAUGAUACAACUUGUACAAAAUACAUAGUUUGUUCAAAGCCGGGAUCCACAUGGAUUGCUAAGGAAAGUACUUGUGCAGAUGGUAAAUGGUUUGAUCCAACUACAGCGAAGUGUUCCGCAACAUAUGUAUGUCCCUCAUAGA